AUGAAUAUGCUAGGUAGUAUGUUUUCGACGGUCAAACCGAGACUUGACGAUCUCGGAACUGACCGUCUCAAUUAUUACUAUUCGACGCUUAUCAUCAUGGGAAUGUCGUUGACGAUCACCGCCAGACAAUAUGUCGGCUCGCCGUUGCAAUGUUGGGUGCCCGCGCAGUUCACCAAAGCGUGGGAGCAGUACGCUGAAGAUUAUUGCUUUGUAUACAACACGUAUUGGGUGAAGCCUAAUGAUAAAGUGCCCGAGAGAAUUGAGGACAGAAUCUCGCAACAAUUGAUUUAUUAUCAAUGGGCGCCGUUUAUAAUGGCAAUCGAGGCGGCCUUCUUCUAUCUUCCGGUCAUUUUCUGGAGUAUGUUGUCCGGAAAAUCGGGAAUCAAUAUUAUCAAGUUGGUCGAGACCGCGCAAAAAGCCGAAGGCGCCGAGGCGGAAGAUCGCAAAAAACAAAUCGACAUAAUUUGCCGCCACAUUUCCAACAAUUUGCGAAAACGCAAAAGCGAGGAGGAGACGAGCAAAUUGGCGAAAAUCCAGCGCAUUUUUGGAAUGCAGCACGGAAAAUAUAUCACCAACGUUUAUAUUGUCACCAAAGUCAUCUACAUGACCAACUCGUUCCUUCAAUUCUAUUCGACGAACAAAUUUUUGGGACAAAACGAUCCGUAUUGGGGAAUGCGGAUUCUCGAUGACAUUCUGCACGGAACCGAUUGGGAGCAUUCCGGAAAUUUUCCGAGAAUCGCCAUGUGCGAUUUUCAGGUUCGCGUUCUCGGCAAUCUACAAAGGCAUUCGAUUCAAUGCGUUCUCACGCUGAACAUGUUCAACGAGAAAAUCUUUCUGUUCCUCUACCUAUGGUUUCUUUUAGUGUUUUUCGUGACACUCUGCGACACAAUGUUUCUCGUCUAUAACAUGUUCAAUAAGGAAAAAAUCAUCGAGUUUCUCAAACAAUUUCUCGAUAAUCAAGAAAGCGAGCAGAAAAUCAGCCACAGCUAUCGACGCGAGCAAAUAAGCCUUCUGUUCUCCGAGUUUUGCCUUCAUAAAUUCACGCCAGACAUCAUAAUUCUACUAAAAAUGAUUAAUAAUCAUACCGGCGAUAUUGUGUGCACUGAAAUCGUCGGAAGGAUGUGGAAUGAUUUUAUUGAACGCGACGCUGAUUUGGUGUUGGAGCGACUGAUAGGAUCGAAGGAAAUGGAGAAAGCUGCAAUCAGCAAGACGUCAAGCCUUAAAUCAAUUGAUUUUCUAGGUGAAAAAGUCCGAUUGGUUAUUUAA